AUGGAACCCGGCUACUCCAAGAUUCUGAUCAACGAUUGUAUUGUUGAAGAUGAAGGUGCCGCCUGGCAGCAUGUGGCUUUGGAUAUGUUCAUGAUGGCCCAGCUUGCAGCCCGAGAGCGCACCGAGCGUGAGUGGCACGCGCUUAUCGAGAGCUGUGGUUUGAAGAUUGUCGGGAUCUAUAACAAGGGUCAGGGGAAUGAAGGCUUGAUAGAAGUAGUUUCUGAGUUAGCAAUUAGCGAUGCAAACUCGCUGGUCAAAAUGGCGUCGCACUUCCGUCGGCAAUUAUAA